CAGUCAUAUCUCAAACGAAUUGCUUUACAAACAUGUUGCUGAUUCUUCUUCUCCUGCUUCCGAUUACUCUUCUCAUUUUUCUCAUGAAACAGAAGAUAUUUAUCAUAAAAUUAAAGAGAUCCGAAAACGAACCGCGACUUCCUCCAGGCCCUCCAAGGCUUCCUAUCAUAGGUAAUCUGCACCAAAUUGGUUCACUGCCUCACCGUUCCUUAUGCCAGCUUUCAAGAAGAUACGGCUCAGUUAUGCACCUCCGAUUCGGAGGUGUACCGAUGAUUAUAGUCUCCUCGGCCGAGGCUGCAAAGGAGGUCCUAAAAAUCCGUGACCUGGAAUGUUGUAGCAGACCUCACUUAGUUGGAUCCGGAACACUUUCCUACAAUAAUCUUGAUAUAUCUUUCUCACCUUAUGGUGAACGCUGGAGGGAGAUGCGAAAAAUCUGCGUUCUCAAGCUCUUUAACAUAAAAAAAGUCAAGUCUUUUCGGUUCGUUAGAGAGGAAGAGAUUAGUUCUCUCAUCGAUUCUCUCUCUCGGUCGUCUAAUAAUUUGUUACAAACUCCUGCUAAUCUUAGUGAAAUGAUGUUUGCUCUCGCCGCAAGCAUUACAUUAAGGAUUGCCUUUGGGAAGACCUUUGGUAAGAGUGGACUAGACAAUGAUAAGUUUGAGGAGACAAUUCAUAGGGUGCAAAGCGCGCUUGGAAGCUUCGCGGCCUCCGAUUUCUUUCCUUACGUGGGUUGGAUUGUUGACAGGCUCACCGGUCUUCAUUCAAAACUUGAAAGCGUCUUCCAUGAGUUGGAUAAUUUUUAUGAACGUGUUAUCGAAGAACAUCUCAACAGGACUACACAAGAUGAUCAGGAAGAUAUUGUUGACUUGAUGCUAAGAAUAGAGAGAGAUCAAGCCGAAUUUAGUGAAGUUCAAUUCACUAGAGAUUGUACCAAGGCCAUCAUCAUGGAUAUAUUCCUAGCUGGAGUGGACACUGGUGCCAUUACCAUAAUUUGGGUAAUGGCAGAGCUCGUUAGAAACCCAAGAGUGAUGAGGAAAGCACAGGAUGAAAUUAGAAGUUGUGUCAAAAAAGGAAAAUUAGUCAGUGAAAGUGACAUUCAUCAACUUCACUAUCUGAGAAUGGUGAUCAAAGAGACUUUGAGGUUGCACCCUGCAAUUCCACUUUUACUACCAAGAGAAGCCAUGUCCCAAUUUAAGCUUUUUGGUUAUGAUGUUUAUCCGAAAACUCUGCUUCAAGUGAAUGUUUGGGCGAUAGGAAGAGAUCCAAAUUACUGGCAUAACCCCGAAGAGUUUUUCCCUGAGAGAUUUUCUGAUGGCUCCAUUGAUUUCAAAGGGCAACAUUUUGAGUUCUUGCCAUUCGGAGCCGGUCGAAGAACCUGUCCCGGGAUUCACAUGGGAAUUGCAAUGGUGGAGCUCACACUAGCAAACCUCUUGUGCUGUUUUGACUGGAAAUUGCCUGAUGGGAUGAAGGAGACAGAUAUUGACAUGGACGAGGAAUCUGGACUUACAACCCAUAAGAAAUUCCCUCUUAAACUUAUUCCAGUCCGAUACCAAUGGCCAUCAGAAAAUCAAACUUAAUCAAGCAAUGGCUUCUUCCAAUAUCUUGAGGAGUCUUCCAGUGAGUGUGACAUGCUAAAUAUGUGUAUAAUGUACUAGCACACAUGUAAUUUUUCCCUUUCUCUAGUUAUACAAAAGAGGAAAACAAUUUUAUGAAGUAUUGGUGUUGUAAAGCUAUUUAUGCUGCAAUAAAAUGAAAGCCAAAGUACUUAUA